UCUUCUUAGUAAUUGUCCCUGCUGUUCUCGCGGCCAUGCAAGAAGAGAAAAGGGCAGUCCAUACUUCUUCUCUUACUGGCGCUAUGAAGAUUAAGGAAGUUCUAGAAGGGCAUGAAAUUUGGAGCAAAGUUGAGUUUAGGAUGGAGCCAAAUAUUUUCAGAGCGAUAGUUUCAUCUGUUGAUGAACCGGUGCUACAUGUACCACGAGCGGGCAGCGAGAUCAAUGUUGCUGGACCAAGUGUGGGCAAUGAGACUAAUGUUGCUGGACUAACUUUGGAUCGAGAGGCUUGUGAAGUUCAGUCACCACCUUCUGGUACGUCAGUACAUGGAAGCGGGAAAAAGAGGAAGAAAAGUCAAGUUGCAAGUGUUUUGGAUGACUAUUUGGAGCACAAGAAGAACCAAACAAAUAAGACUGUGGAGGCGUUCCUUGAGAAGAAGACUCGUGGAGAGGAGUCUAUGGAUAGGUGUAUCCACAUAUUUGAAGCUAUGGAGGACUUGACAGAUGAGGAGAAGGCCAUUGCAGCAGAGGUGUUCGAAAAUGAAUUGUAUCGGGAGAUGUUUCUGAAGCUAACAAUUCACAACGUGCGGCUGAUUUGGCUUCGGAGGAAGAUAAGUUUCGUGGAGUGUUUGUUCCUUUUGGAAGAAGUUGCUACUAUCGUACAACUGAAGCUCACCAAGGUCUACCAGAGUAAUGUAUGCCAAACAGACAUAGGGCACAUGUGCCCCCGGGGACUGUACCACACGUGGGAACAACAGUGCAGGUAUUGCCCCUGCCGGUUGUGGCUGGCCGGUGUGGCCCGGUACCUGCUCCCAAACGAGGCCUCCAAGUUCCAGCUUUAA